AUGAUUGGUGAAAAGUAUAGUAAUAGUGUAAAAAUGCUGCCACUUUCAAACGAAACUGUUCAUAGGAGAAUUUAUGAAAUUAGUAACGAAAUAGAAAAUACAGUUAUUCAACGGAUAAAAGGUAGUGGUUGGUAUGCACUACAGCUUGAUGAAACAACAGACGUGGCAGGGUGUGCAGUAUUGCUUGUUAUUGUGAGGUACAUACACAACAACUCUGCAGAAGAAGAAAUGUUACUUUGCAAACCUUUGAAGACCCAUACAACCGGCGAGGAAAUUUUUAAGAUGAUCGAUUCUUAUAUCACUGAAAAAGAACUUAAUUGGAAUCAGUGCAUUAAUAUCUGCACUGACGGUGCAAAAGCAAUGACUGGUAAAUAUUCUGGAUUUGUUGCACGUGUUAAAAAUGUCGUUCCAGAAAUUGAAAGUAGCCAUUGUAUUAUUCAUAGACAAGCAUUGGCAGUAAAAAAAAUUCCUCCCGUUCUUAAAAACGUUUUGGAUGAAGCAGUAAAAAUUGUAAAUUUUAUAAAGUCCAGGCCUCUAAAUUCACGAAUUUUUGCUGUUCUUUGUGAAGAAAUGGGUAGCCAAUUCACCACGCUUUUGCUUCACACCGAAGUGCGAUGGUUAUCGCGAGGAAAAGUAUUGGUUCGCCUGUUUACUCUGCGAAAUGAGGUGAUGGUGUUUCUUAAUGACUCUUCAUUUGAAUUAUCAUCAAGAAUAACUGACAUCAAGUGGUUACAAUGUUUGGCAUAUCUUGCCGAUGUCUUUUCAAGCCUUAAUGAAUUAAAUUUAUCACUCCAGGGAACUUCUGUAACAGUAAUCUCCUUAUAUGACAAAAUCCAGGCCAAGUUAAAUAAAAUACAGUUUUGGGAAUCGUGUAUAAACAGAGGAAUCUCGGAGUGCUUUCCUACACUGCAUGAUUUUGUGUGUGAGUCGAAGACUGCAUUGUCAGCAGAAAUCACUUCGGAGAUAAUAAACCAUCUUCAGAACCUACAAGUUUCAAUCAGAGAAUAUUUUCCAAGACGAGAAGAGGAUCUUGAUUGGGUUCGCAAUCCAUUCUCAGUCCCAGUCGAAAAGUUUCAUCAAACCCUAACUGUAAAACAAAUUGAACAACUUAUUGAUGUUGCUGCCGAUGGAAACCUUAAAACUACUUUCAACUCGGCUACAUUGUUGCAGUUUUGGGCCCAGCUUAGAAGUGAAUAUCCAGAAUUAGCCAAUUUUGCUGUUAAAAAAUUGUUGCCGUUUGCUACAACUUACCGUUGUGAAGUAGGGUUUUCGAAGUAUGCUCUUACAAAAACCGACUUAAGAAGUAAACUUAAUCCUGAAGCAGAUAUGCGGAUACAACUUUCAAACAUUGAACCCGAUAUCGACAAACUUGUAUCAAACAAACAGGCCCAUCCUUCGCAUUAA